AUCUCAUGUUCCUGAAUCACCAACAUCAUUCUCAGCAUCACAUGCUUUCAUAAUCCACACCAUCAGUUCUUCCUCUUCUUAAUCCACCAUACGUUAGAACUAGAACCUAACAGUUUAUAUCAACCAUAUAUAAUCUCUUUAUACUUCUUUCACAAGGAAACAUCUUGCAAAGAAUCCAAAACCUAAAAAACAUUAUUGAUGGAGACCUAUGUCUUCAUCUGGCUACUCUUCAUUUGCUUCACACACUUGGCUUCAUCCAUAACUCAAGAGUUCUCUUUCGUUGGCUUCAAAACCGCCUCUCCAAAUCUAAUCAUGUCCGGAGUUACGGGGAUAGCCGACACAGGAGCCCUCAGGCUCACAACAGACACAAGUCGCAUGACCGGUCACGCCUUCUACUCCUCACCAAUCCGGUUCAAGCCACCCGGUCAAAACCGAACUCUCUCCUUCUCCACCUCUUUUGUAAUCGUCAUGGUUCCAGAGUACGUCACGCUUGGAGGCCACGGACUUGCCUUCGCCAUCACGUCAACUCCAGAUCUUCGUGGUUCUCUUCCUAGUCAGUACCUAGGCCUUUGGAAUUCAAGCCGAGCUAACGUAUCCAGCCACUUCUUAGCUGUGGAGUUUGAUACUGUCAGAGACUUGGACUUUGAUGAUAUCGAUGAUAACCACGUUGGCAUCGAUAUAAACACUCUUGAAUCAAGUAAUUCAACUCCAGCUGGCUAUUUUCUACCUAAUUCAACCAAACAAGAGUUUUUCUUAGACAGUGGUCGAGUGUUUCAAGCUUGGGUUGAUUAUGAUUCAAACAAGAAGAGGUUAGAUGUUAAGCUCUCUCCAUUUUCCGAGAAACCAAAGUUAUCUCUUCUCUCUUACAAUGUAGAUCUGUCUUCUGUCUUUGGAGAUGAAAUGUAUGUUGGUUUCUCUGCUUCGACCGGUUUGCUAGCUAGUUCCCAUUACAUCUUAGGUUGGAACUUUAACAUGAGUGGAGAAGCUUUGUCUCUGUCUUUGCCAUCUCUCCCUCGGCUUCCUCGUCCAAACAAGAACAAGAAGAGCCCUGGCUUGAUCCUUGGAGUGUCUCUCUCGUGUUGUCUUUUGAUAAUCACGGUUCUUGUUGCGGGAGCGAUGUUUUUUAUAAAAAGGGCGAAAGAUGAUGACAGAGUUGAAGAAUGGGAGCUUGAGUUUGGUCCGCAUAGGUUCGCUUAUAGAGAGCUGAAGAAAGCUACUAAUGGUUUUGGGGACAAGGAGCUUCUCGGGUCUGGUGGGUUUGGGAAAGUAUACAAAGGAAAGCUUCAAGAUUCAGACGAGUUUGUAGCAGUCAAGAGAAUCUCUCACGAGUCAAGACAAGGUGUACGAGAGUUCAUGUCUGAAGUCUCGAGCAUUGGUCACCUCAGGCAUAGGAACCUUGUUCAGUUACUAGGUUGGUGUCGAAGGAGACAAGAUUUGCUUCUGGUCUAUGAUUACAUGCCUAAUGGAAGCUUAGACAUGUACUUGUUCGACGAAAACCCUACAGUUAUCUUGACGUGGAAGCAACGUUUCAAAAUUAUCAAAGGGGUUGCUUCUGGUUUACUCUACCUCCAUGAAGGAUGGGAACAAACGGUUAUUCACCGUGACAUUAAAGCCGCAAACGUUUUGUUAGACGGUGAGAUGAACGGGCGGGUUGGAGAUUUUGGUCUUGCGAAGUUAUAUGAGCAUGGGUCGAACCCGGGAGCUACAAGAGUGGUUGGUACGUUUGGGUACUUAGCACCAGAACUUACUAAAUCAGGAAAGCUAACAACAAGCACGGAUGUUUACGCGUUUGGAGCGGUUCUGUUGGAAGUAGCUUGUGGUAGAAGACCUAUAGAAACAAAUGCGUUACCUGAAGAGCUUGUAAUGGUUGAUUGGGUUUGGUCAAGGUGGCAAAGUGGAGACAUUAGAGAUGUUGUGGACAGGAGAUUGAACGGUGAGUUUGAUGAGGAGGAAGUGGUCAUGGUUAUCAAACUAGGGCUUCUAUGUUCUAACAAUUCACCUGAGGUUAGGCCUACGAUGAGACAAGUGGUUAUGUAUCUAGAGAAGCAGCAACCGUCGCCGGAAGCUGUACCUGCGCCGGAUUUUUUAGACAAGAAUGAUAGCAUGUUUGUAGAUGAUGGAAGUGGUAAUGUUGGAGAGUUUGAGGAUUUUGUGGAUUCAGCUAGGUUUUAUAGUAGACCGCAUGAGACUACUACUACUUCGUCUAUAUUCUCAUCCACCGGUAACUAAAACCGAUGGGAGAUGAUGGAUUUGGUUUCGUGUUUUUUUUUCAUCGCGUUUUGGUAACGUUUUAAGUUGAAUAUUUUUCACCAUGGAAAGGGUAAGGUGUAUGCUAGAGAGUAAAAUAUUUUUCAUUA